AUGGAAGCUGGAGUCCUGAUGUUUUUCUGCUCAUUCCUCCUCUGUUCAUCCGGUGUUGUUUCCUCCACUCCGGGCCACAGAUAUCACACAGGCCCCGAGGCCAGUUUAGCAUUCAGAAAUCUCUCAAUGAACCAUCGCAGCAGAUAUCCUCUGUACAUGAUGCAGCUCUACCGCUCCUUCAGGACGGCUGAUUCCUCGUUGCCAGUUGUCAACGCCGUCACUGCACAAGGCGACAACCCGUCAGCGCACAGUUCAGACUCUGUCCUAAAUCUGAUGGCCAGAGGUUGCCAUCAAGAGGGUGAAAGAUGGACAGUGACUUUUGACAUGUCAUCCGUCUCCACAAGUGAGCUUGUCCAGCUGGCAGAACUUCGGAUCAGACUGCCAGCUUUCUCUGGCUCUAAGCGUGCCACUGUGGAUUUAUAUCACUCCAGAAAGCAGAGCUGCGACCCGGACAGUACAUCAUGCCAGGAUGAGCACCUUUUCCUGGGGAGCUUCGGCACAUUACCAAACAGCACUAAGUCUUCGUGGAAGGUUUUUAAUGUGACGGCUCUGUUAAAAUACUGGCUGUACCAGGGAGAUGGAGUGCCAAGCCAGGAGGCUUCAGGAGAACCUGACAUGGACCAUGGGAGUGGUGCUGGGGACGAAGAAUUGACAACUGGCAUGCCCCUCUUCAAGAAUUUGGGAUUGAGGAAAAGAAAAAUACACCAUCCAACGAUGAACCGGGUCAUGAUGGUCAUCUUCUCCAAACAUAAGUUACCCCAAGAAGGCCAUACAGCAUACAGUCUCAUUCAUACUGUGGAGAACUCCAAGUAUGUGACCAAAGACAGAGUCGGCAGCGACAGUCAAAGUCGACGUCACAAAAGGAACAAAAUGGAGAGAUUGAGGGUGACUGAUGGAGCUUCACCUACUGCUGGACCAGCAGCAGAGCUCGCCCAGAGGCCGCUGUGUCGGAGGGUGGACAUGUGGGUGGACUUUGACCAAAUCGGCUGGGAUGAGUGGAUUGUGCACCCUAAACGCUACAAUGCAUAUCGCUGUGAGGGAGAGUGCCCUACCCCUCUGGACGAGUCCUUCAGCCCCACCAACCAUGCAUACAUGCAGAGCCUCUUGCGACAUCACCAUCCAGAAAGAGGGUCAUGCCCGUCCUGUGUGCCAACACGCCUCAGCCCGCUCUCCAUGCUGUACUACGAGAACGAUGACUUGGCCCUGCGGCAUCACGAGGACAUGAUUGUUGAGGAGUGUGGCUGUCACUGAAGGACAGCUCAUCACUGCAUUCACAAGAGCAACUAUCGACAGAGCAUAAUGUUGAACUUCAUUGUCUUGAUAUAAAUUAAGAGCUCCUUUUACAACAAAUAAAGGAUAUGAUUGUUAA